GAAGGAUGGGGGAGAGAGCGAGAUAGAGACCGGGAGGGAGAGAGAGAGAGAAGCGCGAGCGCACUCGUUUGGAUUCACUCCACUUUCUCAGCACUCACGGUGCAGUCGCGCGACCUGCUCCGUGCUGAACCGGGAGGCGGACAGAGUUUGAGGCGGCUGAGCGGUGACCGCGCGUCGGAGUGGGAACUACCCGGAGACCCGCUGCUGACAGCUCCCGGACCUUGUGUUUGUUGCUCGGGUCGUUUUUUUUAAAAAAAAAACAAAAAAACAAAAAACAUUUCUGCCCUGUCCCGGUGCUCUGUCCAUCUCAACCCCAACAUCUCCCCACGCGUGCCACCAGCGGAGGAUGCUGCUGCUGCUGCCGCUGUCCGUAAAGCCCGGGCGGCGAUAACGUUUCUGCGGAGUAACUGAGUGACCCAACUCCUCCCCACCCCUCCUCGCCCGGACGGGUCUGCCCCCACCCCCCUCCUCCUCCUCCUCCCCGGCUGGACUCCAGCUCCAGCCGCUCCUCCGGUGAGAGGAAGGACUGUCGGGCUGACGCGCAGCGCUGAUCACGACACUCAGAGUGGACAGAGAUUUGAGAGAAAUUGGAGUAAUCACCACCCCUGGCUGUCUGACUGGAUUGUUUGGUUUGUUUAGAGAUUUGAUUUUCGGGAUUCUUAUUUUUCUUUUUUUUUUCCCGGGAGGUCUGGAGCGGCUCCGUCUUGGUACCGAGGAGGAGCGGAGCCUGUAGCCAGGCUGGAGCGCUCAGAGCCGGGGAACCGCGCAGCUCUUACCCGGUCCAGAGCGGUGUUUUCUGGCAGAGACAUGGCGGCGCCGAGGUGUGAAGCUUUGUUCUUUUUAGCUGCCGUCCUGCUGGUGUCUUGCAGCGCCGCGCCCACUGACAUCCUCUAUCGGGUUCUUGAGGAGCGACCGCCCAACACGCUGAUUGGCAGCCUGGCGACAGACCAGGGCCUGCCCAAUGCCGGUCAUCUCUACAAGCUGGAGGUGGGUGCGCCGUACCUGAGGGUCGACGGCUCGACCGGUGACAUCUACACCACCGAGAUCCCCAUUGACCGUGAGACGCUGAGAGACUGCCGCAACCUGUUCGAGGGCGACAAAUGCUACCUGGAGUUCGAGGUGUCGAUCACUGACAUGGUGAAGGGUAUCGGCACGGGGCCGCGGCUCAUUGAAGGUCGCAUCGAGGUCCUGGACAUAAAUGACAACACGCCGCAGUUCUCCUCGCCUAUCCUGACUCUGUCCAUUCCCGAGAACACGCACAUCGGCGCCCUCUUCUCCAUCCCCAUGGCCACUGACAGAGACUCGGGGAGCAACGGCGUGGCAGAUUACUCUCUUAGCAGUAGCACCGGAUCAGACGCUGACCAGCUCUUCAGCCUGCAGGUCGCCGUGGACGCAGAGGAGAAGCUGCCACAGCUGGUCGUGAUGGGCAACUUAGAUCGUGAGAUAAAGGACUCGUAUGACCUGAACAUCAGGGUACAGGAUGGCGGGAAUCCUUCGAGGGGCAGCAGCGCUCUGCUGAGAGUUACGGUGACCGACCAGAAUGACUGCACUCCGAAGUUUGAGAAAAGUCACUACGAAGCUGACCUACCAGAAAACAGUCCACCGGGACACUCUGUACUGCAGGUCAAAGCCAACGACGCAGACACUGGACUCAAUGGAGAGAUAGACUACAGCCUCCAUCAAGCAUCAGAAUCUGUCCAAAGGCUUCUGCGCAUUGACCGCGCAACAGGCAUCGUCUACGUCAAAGGUCUUGUGGACAGAGAAGAAGAAAACUUUCUCAAGUUCUUUGUGGUGGCAAGAGAUCGUGGACCGAAUUCCAAGAGUUCCAAGGUCCUUGUGACCGUACACGUCAAGGACCAAAAUGACAAUGCACCAGCCAUUGAGAUCCGUGGUAUUGGCUUGGUAACACAUCACGAUGGUGUGGCCAACAUUUCUGAGGAUAUGCCCAUUGGUACACCAGUGGCACUGGUCCAGGUGUCAGACCGUGAUGAGGGGGAAAAUGCUGUGGUGACAUGUGUUGUUGCUGGUGAUGUUCCAUUUCAGCUUCGUCCCGCAAGUGAGUCAGCCAACGAUCGGAAGAGAAAAUACUUCCUGCAGACAACAACCCUGCUGGAUUAUGAGCGUAUUAAGGAUUACAGGAUUGAAAUAGUCGCUGUGGAUUCUGGAAACCCAGCUCUGUCCAGCACUAACGCUCUCAAAGUCCAGGUUACAGACAUUAAUGAUAAUGCACCAAACUUUUCCCCUUCAACUGUUGAGGUGGACUUUGCAGAAGGCAACCAGCCAGGAGACAAAGUUCUAGACAUUGUGGCGACAGAUGCAGACAGCGGCACAAACGCAGAGUUGUUCUAUAGCAUCACUGAGCCAACCGCCAGAAGGCUCUUUAAAAUUAAUUCCAGCACUGGAGAAGUUCGUGUGAAUCACUCAUUGGAUCGGGAAGAAAAAGAGCGUUAUGAAUUCCGUGUAAUUGCAGCAGACAAGGGUGUGCCUAGUAAAACCGGCACUGCCACGGUGGUGGUGAAUGUUCUAGAUUGCAAUGACAAUGACCCGAAGUUUACACUGAAUGGCUAUAGCUUCUCUGUCAUAGAGAACAUGCCUCCACUCAAUCCUGUUGGUGUAGUGACAGUCAAUGAUGCAGAUAAGGAUGAGAAUUCCCAAGUCAGGCUGUUUGUGGAACAGGACAAUGGCAUGUUUCUCAUCCAGAAUGGCACAGGAACCAUCCUGUCAAGCAUCUCCUUCGACCGUGAAAAGAAGAGCACCUACACGUUUCAACUAAAGGCUGUGGAUGGUGGUAACCCACCUCGAUCCUCCUAUGUGGGUGUGACCAUCAAUGUCUUGGAUGAAAAUGAUAAUGCCCCAUAUGUUACCAGGCCGUCUAACUCGUCCUUUGUACACCUACCGGUUGGGACCCGACCAAACACACAUGUGGAGGUGGUAAAAGCUGAGGACAUUGAUGCUGGACUCAAUGCUGAGCUAGAGUAUACCAUCAUAGGUGGAAAUCCAUAUGAUCUGUUCCAAAUAUCUACCAAUGAUGGGGAAAUCACAGCAGCGCAAGAAUUAACCCCCAAGUAUAAUGGGCUACAUCGGCUGGUAGUGAAGGUUGUUGAUAAGGGCAAACCUCCUCGUAACACCAUUGCACUAGUUCAUGUUUUUGUAAAUGAAACGAAAUCAAAUGUCUCCCUCAUUGAAGCGCUGGUUGGACACAGCCUCUACACCCCUUUGGACAGGGACAUUGCCGGAGAUCCCAACUAUGCCUAUUCUCAGCAAAGCAAUAUUCUGUAUGGCAGUCUUGCCGGUUUUGCUGUUGUCAUUUUAGUUAUAGUUGCCGUGGUCCUCAUCAGACGCUGGGUACAGAAGGAUACCAAGAGUGGUUACCAGGCCGGCAAGAAGGAGAGUAAGGACCUGUAUGCCCCAAAGCAGGGCCCUAAAAAUGGCAAAGGGAAAAAGAGCAAAAAGGGGAAGGCUCCAAAACCAGCUAAGACAGGAGAAGACGAUGAGGACGCCAGUCUACAAAAAGGCCUCAAAUUCAACUUAAUCAAUGAGAAUGUCAAUGACAGUCCCAGAAUCCACCUGCCCCUUAACUAUCCACCAGGGAGCCCUGAUCUGGGGCGCCACUAUCGCUCCAACUCCCCGUUACCAUCCAUCCAGCUGCAGCCACAGUCACCGUCUGCCUCCAAGAAGCACCAGGCUGUUCAGGACCUCCCUGCCACCAAUACCUUCGUGGGGACGGGCGACAACAACUCUACUGGCUCCGACCAAUAUUCGGAUUACAGCUACAAGGCCAACCCACCCAAAUACAGCAACAAACAGGUAGGAGACUACGCAAACACAGCAGUGUACCCCAGGGAUAUCCAUUGGACCAACCGGGUGUGGUAGUCACGCUGAGACUUAUUUGGCAAAGCCAAUGUUCUUCCACCAAAGCUGCACUGAUUUCCCUGCACAUCACCCACCUCCUCACAGCUGUGAUUCCUUUUAUUUUAAGUUUGGUUCUGUUCACCAUUUGUGUUCUGUUCUGCUCAGUUUUGGGUAUUCACUUCAACAUGGACACCACAAAGCCACAGAAUGAAGGAUUGCAGGGCUAGACCAAAUAUGGGCUUACCAAUUUGUCAGUUCCUUACAGUAACCUCUCUCCUAAAACGGACUCUGUUGAUCUAAAACAUAUUUACGGGAGGAUAUUUAUGUUUGAGGUAAUGGGUCUUUUUUUUUUUUUGAUGAUGUUUUUGAGCCUUGCAUUCAAAUGUUUAAUUUCUGCAGAAUUUGAUUAAAAGUUCCUGUUAUAGCGAAAUAUGUGAUAUUUCAAAGAAUUACUUAUAAUGUUAUGUAAAUCCAAGUUUGAUAGCAUACAUUCGAUUGAGCCCCCUGUUCAACUUGGAAAUCCCAUAUGGGUCUGUCCUUAGCAUCUGUGUUUUUCAUUUGUUUGUGUUUCAUUUUACCUUUUUUUAUGGUGGAUUAAAUGAAGGACAUUAUGAGUUUUUCCCCAUUUUAUUAUUCGCAAAUGUUCUUGGAGUUCUUUGAGCACCCAUUGAAAGGUUCAUGCUGACAUCCUCAUUAUGUCUGAAUGUGUUAUUCUUUUCUUUUUUUCUGGAGAGCUGACUUGAGGCUUAAAGCUGCUCUUUAUGGCCGGAUCAGCUUGUUGAAGUGUGACAAAGAGUGACUGUGAAUUCCUGAGUUAGUUUUCUUUCUUUUUUUUUAACCAAUUUUUAUUGUUUCUUAGCUUUCUUUUGCCAGGAAGUAGACUGGCUGAGCAGCACUUUAGUGUUUCCAUACAGUUCAGACCAAUUUAAGGUAAUUUCAGCUCAG